CGAUGUAAUUUUUGAUUAUUUUACCAUGAACUAGUUACAAAUGCAAUAACAUUUUAUCUUUAUGUAAAUUUGUAAAUUAGAGAAACCUUGUAAAUUAUUGACCAUGGUGUCGACUUACUACUUGGUGAAACUCUUUCAAAAAGCCACUUACGAAAGACUAAAGCGCAACCUUGAUGGUGUCGGAGAGAGCUCAACUUCGGGUACUUUUACCACUAAUAAUACAGCAGGACACUCAAGGAAUAUCCUCGUCACUAAAACUUGCCGUGUGUGCUUGAAAGAAGUAGGUACUAGACCUAUUUUCGGCGACGAAUCUCAUUCGGACAUCUCUGUAGCUGUCCGUGUUUUUGGUGACAUCGAUGUUAAAGAAGAGGACGAUUAUCCGAAAUAUUUAUGCGACGCAUGCCACACUUUAUUGGAAGCCGCUAUCUUAUUUAGAAAAUCAGCAAAGCAGUCCCAUCAAAUACUGAGAAAACGGCAUGUUAAACAAGAAAUUCAUCAUGAUACGCAAGACGGGGACCUGGAGGAAACCAAAGAACAGAAACCUAGACACAUCCGGCCUUCAAUACUUGCAAAUUUCUUCUCUCCGAUAGAUAGUUCUGAUAAUUCAAAGGAUCCUAGUAAACGGAAGAAAACAAAAGUCCAAUGCCGAAUAUGCAGUAAAAUAAUAACAAAGGCUUACUAUAAGGAACAUUUUGCCCUCCAUGACGCUACUAUAGUCAAAUACAUGUGCGAUGUCUGCGGUAAAUCAUUUCGUCAGCGCUGUGCAUACAAGAAUCACUAUUUCACUCAUAGCACAGACUUCCCGUACAAAUGUACAAUGUGUCCAUAUAGAGGACGGAACUCGGGCUUACUAAACACACACAUGCGAACACAUACCGGAGAUUACAGAUACAUGUGUUCAGAAUGCCCCGCUAGAUUUCUGACGAAAAGUAACUUGAAUAAGCAUAUGUUCAGACAUAAGGAGCCGAUGUUCAAAUGUGACACUUGUCAUCGAGCUUUCCAUUCUAAACUAAUUCUUGAAAGGCAUUUUGAGGCUGAACACCUAGGAAUAAAGAAUCACAUUUGUAAUUUGUGUGGAAAGGCAUUUGGUUAUCGGAAAGCAAUGAUGCGGCAUCAACUGGAUGUGCAUAAAAGGGAGAAAAAGGUUAAUGGGAGGACUCCAUCAUAUUUGGAAGCAGAGUUUAAGAAGCAACAAGAUGAAGUCAUAUAAAUUUAUAAACUUGUAUAAUAUCAAGUGUGGUUGGUAUUAGAAAAAUCAACAAGUUACUAAAACUAAAUUCUCCUCCCCUGUUUCCUAUAAACGUUACUGUUCACGCAAGGAAAUUCAGAUUUAAUCAGUAAUUUUUUUGUUACUUACUUAAAUUUGUGACAUUCUCGACCAAAAGGUACCACAUUGUCACCUGCCAUAAGACAAGUUAUUCAUAUAAAUAUAUGAGUAAAUUUCGUCCUUCAGGUAAGCGACAAUGAGUACCUUUUAUUGAGUGUGUCACAUUUAUUUAACUUAUAGAAUAAAAAUGUAGUUACAAAAGGCAAACUUAAUGCAACAAAGUUAAGAAUGCCUGUCAAGUUUUAGAGGCCAAAUAGAUUAUCAGUGUGAAAACAUCAUUUUCAUCUUAGAUAAUUUGAAUGAAUUUUUAUUUUUUAUUUCUAUACAUAUAAAAGUUCAACUUAUUUAUUUAACCUGUCUGUGUACUAAGGACCCUGACCGAAAUUUCAGUCAUGUUUUCGCAUUUUUUGGGGUCCGUGUCCAUACCCAAAGGGUAAAAACGGGACCCUAUUACUUACUCCUCUGGCCGUCUGUCACCAGGCAAUAUCUCAUGAACCGUGAUUGCUAGACAGUUGAAAUUUUCACAGAUUUAUAUAUGUUGCCGCUAUAACAACAAAUACUAAAAAGUACGGCCCUCCUGGUGGGCAACAAUUUUUUCUGCUCUAUGCAGCACAAUUUUUGACCACUAGACAUGAGAAGUUAAGACACAAUUUAUGGCACCACCAACCAAACAUAUCAAAGACAGGUGACAUAGCCAAAUGUAAAUUGAAUUUAAUUGUAUAUGCUGAGAUCUCUGUAGUUUUUAGAUUGCAAUUGUUGUACCUACUUGUAUAGUUCAUUUUAAAUGAACCGUGUAUUAA